AUGAUCUGCCCGAGUUUUCUUCGUCUCUCCUCCGAAAUCCGGGACCGCAUCUAUCGUCUGGUUGGGACCUACAACCAGUCCUUUUUUUCUAGUGGCCUCUCCAUGCAAGACCCGUUUGACUUGUGCGGACCUUACGGCUUGUGCGAACCGUACCGCCACACGUCUCCCAGAAUUCCACCCGUCGGCUUCUACGGCCUUCUGCUCACCUGCCGCACCAUCUACUCUGAAACUUCAGCUCUGUUGUAUUCCUCAAACCAGUUCUUCUGUCACUACGAGGCCCUCCAUUCCCUGUCACCCUUGCGAGACCUUAGAGCCAAAUCCGUCGCAUCCUUGACCAGCCUCAAAAUCAUUCUCAACCAGGCGUCCUGUCACUCCCGAGAUGCCGUUGGGAGGGGCCGGGGCGGGUGUUGUACUGAGCCGCGCCUAUUCGAAAUCUACUACGGCAUUCGAGAUCUGAAAUGUGAUCAAGAUUGCAGAUACUCCGGUCACAGCGAUGGAGGAGAGAGGCACGAUCCGCCGCUCCGGCGGUCCCACCCUUCCACGAAGCCUAUGCUGGCAGAAUGGUACAAAACAGCUGCCUAUCUAGGUCGGCACAUUACUCCAGGGCGGCUUGAGCUCUCAUUUGUGUGCGACAUUCACAGCCGGGAUACUGAGCUGGCCAUCAUGGUGCUAGACGCGUUUCGCCAUUUCCCGCCGUUGAAGAAUUGCCAUAUUAGACUAUCCAAAACCCCGAAUUCUAUGCUUCGCAAUCUUGCUCGGAAUGCGGUUUUGAGGUGUCGCAGCCUACAGCCGAGCUUGUCACUGCCGCCUCUUCGGCGUCCAGUGUCCCCGGUCAGUGGUCUGGCUGGGCUACCACGCGAGCUGCGUCUGCACAUUUUAGAAUACACAGACCUCGUCACGCCGCUAAAAGAAGUCCUAUGGACCGUGUCUCCUGGCAAAUACGUGGCAUGUCAGCCCUCUUGUCCGAGUUGGGUGGGGAGGGGAAAUCAUGACUGGGAGCCGGGAAUUCACCACGGUUGCCAAUUCAACCACUGUUCGGAGAGGCCGUAUUGGGAUACUGCCAACUACGUUGGGUGCUAUUGCCAACUCACGCAUGCUGCCGCUUCGUCUACCUGUAGGUGCUGGGCGCCACCCACCUCACUGUUCCUCGUCAGCCGCGCCAUGCGUCAUGACGCAAGCUCGGUCUUCUUUUCUCAGAAUCGGUUUGCAGUGGUCGAUAGCCCACAGCUAAACAUGUUCGGGCCGUCGCGUCAGAGUGGCUUUGACCAAACCCGCCGGCUAGCCGUCAGCCGGUUCCUCCGGGACGUUGUGCCGGUGGACUGCCUUGGCUACUUGCGCUUCGUGGAGAUGGUGUUUCCCCCUUACAUCGGCGGUCAGUGGCCGCUGAAAGGGGAUGCCGUGUAUAAGGAGUGGGCGGAAACCAUUGCCCAGGUCAAGGACAAGCUCAAUCUGCCGGCUCUCACGAUCCGUAUGGUGGCUGCUUUUCAUUUGGAUCACCUCACUUCGGCCGGCGUUGCAUUUUUGCCCCUCGACGCCAUCGAGAGUCAACUUGCAGCUCGUUCUGCAUCCUGCAGCUCGGCCGUUAUUCUCGGCCAACCACCGCCUCCAGUCCCUGCGGGGCCUGGCCCGGCCUGCAUGGCUUCCGCACCCUGCAGCUCCGCGGGCGACGUUCCGCAACGCGGCCCGCGAUGGCCCAAUGCCGAGUGCAGAUCUCUCGUCGUGGCCCAGCUUAAACGGGUGCGCGAUCGCGCUCGAAACAUUCGUGCUCCAGAGGCGUCAACCCCCUCGGUGAUCAGAACAUAUUACCAGGCACCUAAGACACGAAGUUAUCCAAUGGCAAAGGCAGAUAGCUGGCCGCCUCAUUGCUGUCGUCUUACCGCCCUGUCUGUGUCGUGGGAUCGGCAAUAUCGAGUUAUUGACUUGGAUUCUGCGAUGCGUUCAGGCCUGCAGAAGGUGGAGAGCCGCGAGUAUUCAGCUUGCACAUCCGUCUGCAAGAAGGAGAAUCCGGCAUGUCAAUGGUGA